CAGCGUUCCUGUGUUGCUGUGUUGCGCCCUGUGUUGGAGUCCGCGUUGCCAAGGAGAAGGUUGUAUACACCUUCUCGGAACAGAAAUAACACCAACAUUAUGGAAGGCUAGGUGGAAGUGGCUGUCACCAUUUUUGUGUUCACUUCACACAAAACGUUGCUAUUUUAAUUCCAGACGGCGGAAAUAAUUGGGGUCAGCAUAUGACAUGGUACCAAGUUGGAGACUGCAGACAUAGUUGACUUGUGAACAAAAGAAAUGAGCCGGUCGUCAGGUGAAUUUAAACGACCCACAGCUGAAGCCUAAGAACCACCAGAGACCCAAACGCAGUUGGAGGAGAGAGGGCUGGUCUCCCUCUCAUAUGACGCCUGAAGGAUGAACCGGUACACCACACUGAAGCAAUUAGGAGAUGGCACCUACGGCAGUGUGCUCAUGGGGAAAAGCAACGAGUCAGGAGAGCUGGUGGCCAUUAAGAGAAUGAAGAGGAAGUUCUAUUCCUGGGAGGAGUGCAUGAAUUUGAGAGAAGUCAAGUCACUAAAGAAACUGAAUCAUGCCAACGUUGUGAAAUUAAAGGAGGUCAUUCGGGAGAAUGACCACUUGUACUUCGUCUUUGAGUACAUGAAGGAGAAUCUCUAUCAGCUAAUGAAAGACAGAGAAAAUAAGAUGUUCACUGAAAAUGAAAUCAGGAACAUCAUGUUUCAGGUGAUCUCUGGCUUAGCUUUUGUGCACAAACAUGGGUUUUUCCAUCGGGAUAUGAAGCCUGAAAACCUGCUUUGCAUGGGCCCAGAGCUGGUGAAAAUAGCAGACUUUGGACUGGCAAGGGAGAUUCGAUCCCGCCCCCCAUACACAGACUAUGUGUCCACAAGAUGGUACCGCGCUCCUGAGGUCCUCCUCAGGUCCUCCGUGUACAGCUCCCCCAUAGACCUCUGGGCUGUAGGCUGCAUCAUGGCCGAGCUCUACACCCUCAGGCCCUUGUUCCCUGGCAACAGUGAGGUGGACGAGAUCUUCAAGAUCUGCCAGGUCCUUGGCACGGUGAAGAAGUCUGAUUGGCCAGAGGGAUACCAGCUUGCUUCUGCGAUGAACUUCCGCUUCCCACAGUGUGUCCCAACACCUUUAAAAACCCUCAUUCCCAACGCCAGCAAUGAGGCCAUAGCCCUAAUGAAAGACCUGCUCCAGUGGGACCCUAAGAAGAGACCCACGGCCGUACAGGUGCUACGAUAUCCCUACUUUCAAGUGGGGCAAUUGCUGGGCCCCCGACCGCUGAGUUCAGAUCUCAGAAAGGCCCAAGCAAAGUCAUCACAGCCUACAGAUCCAAAACCAGCGCUCCACUCUGCCUCAGAACCAGUGCUAAAGUCCUCAACCAAGCUGUCCGGGAGGAAUGCCCACCAGCCUCUUCAGCCUCUACCUCAGAAUGUCCCUCAGGCAGAGCACCAUGCUGAUCCCCUCAAACAGGAGCGGCCACACGGACUCCCAAAGAAGUCUUCUCUUCCAGGGAACGAGAACACCAUGGCGGGUGUGAAGAGUGGACGUAGGCGGUGGGGUCAGAACAUGUCAAAACCGUCGGACAGCUGGGAUGAGUCAGACCGCUCGGACUCCGUGUCCAGCUCCAAGAAGCCCAGCAUAGGCCCUGAGGAGGAGAAGACCAACAAGGACUCCAGCGCUCCGUCCAAAGAACAUAAAGCGCUGUACACCUUCAGCACUGUGACAAAGUUGCCGAGCAACAUUAAAGUGAACCAGUCAGAUUUGGGUGUCCAGAAUUCAUCCUCAGCCAGACAGCAUUACCUGCGCCAGUCACGAUAUCUUCCAGGCUUGAUUAGCAAGAACACAUCUUCGGUGAGCGACAAAGACACAUGCAAAGACCCACAGGACAGCACCAUGAAUCUACUGAACAACCCACUCGCUCCCAUUGGCGCCGGAUCAUCCAUUACCCGAGUCAACGCAGAAGAGGGUGCUUCUAAAUCGUCUGAUAAACCAAAAGAAAAAACACUUGAGAGAAUUGAGCAACCGAAAGGCAACUUCAUCAGCACGACGUACAACCUCUCCGGAGGUUACAUCCCGUCCUUCCAGAAGAGGGAGGUUGGCUCUGUGGGUCAGAGGAUCCAGCUCGCUCCCAUAGGAGGGCAGCACGCACUUGAUCUUUCUGCUGCUCCUGAUAGUAAAACUGGCAAAACAAAACCUUCCAAGCCCAAGCCAAUCUCCAGCACGUCUAUUACUGAGAGCAAUGAAGAUUAUGAAGGGUGGAAGAAGAGAAUGGAGCGAUCGCAGCUGAAAGGCAGCAGCUACUCAGCUCUGGGGAAGACCUCGGGGAACCUGCUCACGCGAGCGCCGCCCGUUCAGCCUGUCCACGGCAGAGUCGACUGGGCGGCCAAGUAUGGAACCCACCGGUAGCAUGUCUCCAAGGAUCUCCACCCUUAUCCCAAGCAUUUGUAUAUUCCUGUACAGUAGGCCUUAGUGGACUUUGGAAAAACCUUCAUUGAGAGCCUCCAAGAACUUUUGUUGCAAAGUGCUACAAAUAGCAGUCUGUUUACUGCAUCCACUUGAAGAUACAAAUGGAAAUUUGGCUCUGCCUUCACUGAGUGAUGGCAGGGUCCUUUAUAACUGUUGCAUAAUAUACAAAUAUAGUCCAUAUUAUAGAAACUGUAUUAAAACAAUCAUAGGAUUUUGGUUAUUGAUACAGUCAA